UACAUGAAUAAAUGUGUCUGCAUGUAUUGAGAAGAAGGAGUGCAGAAAUAAGAUGAAUAAAGCUAGAAAGAAAAAGGGGAUCUUUUUUUGAAUCUGGGUAUCUCCCCAAAUGCCUUUUCUUUAUCUUCCUUUUUGAGCAUUAAACUAUGGCGGACAAUUUCUGUUUCUUCACCAAGGAUACUUUCAUCAUAAAGCCACCAAAGAAAUCUCCAUUGCUGCUGAGAAUGGUGGUCUUAUUUUUUGCAAUGAUAUGUGGAAUUUAUAUAUGUUCAAUUUGUCUGAAACAAAUUGGUUCGCGUUCCAGUGGACCGGUCACCAGUGUUCAUGUGGUUGAAAGGCCAUGUGAGGCGGCAAAUAUUGAACCGUCAGAAAAACAUUAUCUGCACUUCCCCAAGCCAAAAACUUUUAGUCGGGCUGAGUGUGCUUGCAAUCCUGUAAGGUUUUUCGCAAUUUUGUCCACUCAGAGGUCUGGUAGUGGAUGGUUUGAAACAUUAUUGAACAGCCAUAUGAAUAUAAGCUCUAAUGGGGAGAUUUUUUCUGUUAAAGCCCGGAAAAGUAAUGCAUCAACGAUUUUGGAAACAUUGGACAAACUCUAUAACCUAGACUUUUUGACCAGCGCUUCCAAGAAUGAAUGCACAGCUGCAGUUGGUCUGAAGUGGAUGCUUAAUCAGGGUCUAUUGCAGCAUCAUGAGGAAAUUGUUGAGUACUUCAAAAGGAGAGGAGUUUCUGCAAUUUUUCUCUUCAGAAGAAAUCUUUUGCGCAGAAUGGUUUCGAUACUAGCAAAUUCCUAUGAUCAGAAUGCUAAGCUGUUAAACGGAACCCAUAAGUCUCAUGUGCAUUCUCCUGUGGAGGCUGAGAUACUCGCAAGUUACAAGCCUACGAUAAACACAACCACGUUGAUCGCUAACCUAAACCAAGUACAGGAUAUGGCUGCUAACGCUUUGGAAUACUUUAAGAGCACUCGGCAUAUAAUCUUGUUCUAUGAGGACAUAAUAAAAAAUCGGACUAUACUGAAUGAUGUGCAAGAUUUCCUGAAGGUUCCAAGAAUGGACCUCCAUAGUCGUCAAGUGAAGAUACACAAGGGGCCAUUGUCUUCCCAAGUUGAAAAUUGGAGCGAUGUUGAAAAGACGCUCAAGGGAACAUCUUAUGAAAGCUUCCUACACGCAGAUUACAAAAUAUAAAUGUGCAGUCCUUGUGUAUAUGUAGCUUGCGUUGUUUAACUUUAUUCUUUCAUUAUUUAUGUGUAAAACAGAAGCUAAAAGGGGAACUUCUGGUUAAGAUUUUGGUUGCAGCAGGCUGUCUUCGAGUUC